UUUACAACCAUCAAAAUUUCCCUCGGAAAGAAUAGAAUCCACAGUUUCACUGUCGUUUUAUUGUAAUUUCUCCUGCGUUUUGCUCCUUUCUCCCCUCUAUUGAAGCCCUGAUGCUCGUCCAAGAUAUCCAAAAUUAAAAAGCAAAUAUCAAAGGGUUUUAUAUAAAGAAGGCGUUGAAUUAGGGCGUCGGCGAAUCGAAGCGCGUGACUGAUCGGACGUUCUGUUGGGGCGUGAGGCGGGAAAAUUGAUUCCGGUUGGGAGGAGAGUGGGCUGUUUUGAUGUUUUUGAUGGGCGAUCUCCGUGAUUGGUCGCCUGAACGAAACGGCGUCGUCGAGGAAGAGAGGUCUUCAUCGUCAUCGUCUUCAUCAUCGAAUCAAGCGGGGAUUGCUCUUGAGUAUUGGAAAAAGGCUGAGGAAGCGACGGAGGGGAUCAUAGCGCAGGUUCAACCAACUGUUGUUUCAGAAGACAGAAGAAAAGCGGUUAUCGAUUAUGUUCAGCAAUUACUUAAGAAUUAUCUUGGUUGCGAGGUAUUUCCAUUUGGGUCAGUGCCCUUGAAGACCUAUCUUCCUGAUGGAGAUAUUGAUUUGACGGCCUUCGGUGGCCUAAACUUUGAGGAGGCUCUGGCCAAUGAUGUAUGUUCCGUCCUUGAAAGAGGAGACCAUAACAAAGCUGCAGAGUUUGUGGUGAAGGAUGUCCAAUUGAUUCGGGCUGAGGUAAAGCUUGUGAAGUGUCUAGUGCAGAAUAUUGUGGUAGACAUCUCUUUUAAUCAGUUAGGGGGGCUAUGUACCUUGUGCUUUCUUGAGCAGGUUGACCGUCUUAUUGGAAAAGAUCAUCUAUUUAAACGCAGUAUUAUACUAAUAAAGGCUUGGUGCUACUAUGAGAGUCGUAUUCUUGGGGCUCAUCAUGGCUUGAUUUCUACCUAUGCUCUGGAGACUUUGGUGCUGUACAUUUUCCAUCUUUUCCACUCAUCACUAGAUGGUCCUUUAGCGGUUUUAUAUAAAUUUUUGGAUUACUUUAGCAAAUUUGAUUGGGAAAGCUACUGCAUCAGUUUGAAUGGCCCAAUCCAUAUAUCAUCCCUGCCAGAUUUUGUGGUUGAGACACCUGAAAAUGGUGGGGGAGAUUUUCUUCUCAGUGAUGAUUUUCUGAAGCAAUGUGUGGAAAUGUUCUCAGUUCCACCAAGAGCAUUCGAGACUAAUUCACGUACAUUUCCACAAAAGCAUCUAAAUAUAGUAGAUCCUUUAAGAGAAAAUAACAAUCUUGGUCGUAGUGUGAGCAAAGGAAACUUUUUUCGUAUAAGAAGUGCUUUCACUUACGGGGCUCGGAAGCUAGGGCGCAUUCUUUCCCAGGCAGAAGAAAGCAUAGCAGAAGAACUUUGUAAGUUUUUCUCAAACACUCUGGAUAGGCAUGGAAGCGGACAGAGGCCUGAUGUUCAAGAUCCCGCCCCGUUGUCCAGAUUCUGUGGAUUUGGUGCUACAUCAUCAUUUUCAGGUGCAGACUCAGUUCAAGAUCAAACCUUUUAUGAAUCAGAAUCUUCAAAUUCUACAAAUGCUACAAGUGUUUCAGGAAUCCAUCCGUCAUUAGACACUGAAGACCUGGCAACUUCCAAAAUUCGAGGUCUUGUGAUUUCAAAUGAUGCAAAGAAACCUUGCACUCCAAGUGCAGAGGGCAAUAUUUCUUCAUCUGAUAAUGUAUGGCAUGCACCUCAUCUCUAUUUUUCUAGCUCAUCUCUGGAUAAUGGAGAUAUAAAAAAUGGAAAUGAAGAAAGCAAACAGCCAGAAAGUUCUGGCUUUGCUGAAAAGAGCAUAACUUCCAGUAUUCUUCCAGCAACUUGGGAGUUGGGAACUAAUGUACAUGGUGAUCUGAUUGAGAAGCAGUUGGUUAAUAGUCAAGGGGUUCAGUCCCCUGUUGGAUUAAAGCACCAUUCAUUGAUUUCAAAUUCUGCUUGGUCAUCUGAGAAUCUAUAUCCUGCAUAUUCUGGUUAUCCAACUUCCAUUAGUGCUGCUGGAAUUCAGGAAGCUUUGAGCUCAUUGUCAGAUCUCUGUGGGGAUUAUGAUUCUCACUUUCAGAGUUUGAAUUAUGGUCGAUGGUUCUAUGGCUAUGCCUUAAGUGCAUCUGUUCCUCCAAUUUCCUCAUCUUUGGUUUCCCAGUUCCAGGGAAAAAAUUCAUGGGAGGUAAUACGAAAGUUCGUGCAGUGGCAAAAUGCAAUUUCCCCGAUGAACGCUAAUGGUGUUGUUGCAGGGCAAGCCUACUACCCCAUGAACCCUCCAAUGCUACAUGGUGCAAGCUUUGGAAUGGACGAAAUGCCAAAGCCUCGAGGAACAGGGACAUACUUUCCUAAUCCCAACACGAACCAUUACUGGGAUAGAUCCUUGACAUCAAGUGGAAGAAGCCCUGCACCAGCAAGGUCUCCUCGUAACAAUGGCCAUUCCAUUACAUCCUUAGAAACAAGUUCACCAGAGAGAAGCAGUCAUGAACUAGCACAGGUGCUGUCAGUAAAUCAAGGUGGUAAAAAAUUUGGGUCCUCGGAGCUUCGCCAUUCUAGUUCUAAAAGAGUGUUAUCCCGUAGUGCUAGUGGCCCAAUACAUCAGCCAGACAGGGUUGUAGAAUUUGGGUCAAUUGGGCCCCUACCGUUGGGUUCAACCUCUCCAGAAGGCAGCAAACAACUAAAUCCAGGUUCUCCUCAUGCUCAAAAUUCAAGUGCAAGUCAUCCACAAAUAGGAAUGCCGAGGCCAAAAUCAGCUAUGAGCAUCAAUCAGAACAGGGUACUUGCACAAUCAUUCCAUCUAAAGAAUGAAGAAGAUUUCCCACCUUUAUCCAUCUGACUGCGGACUAGUUAAAACUAACAAAGGACAGGCAGGCAGGCAGCCUGAGGUCCAGCACUCAGCUUGUGUGAGUACUUGGUUACUUUGAAAGCCAUUUCCAAAGCUCUUUUGUGUAUGGAGUUUGAUUAUCAUUAGUAAUAUUUUUGUGUGGUUGGAAAGGUGGCAUUUUGUACAUUCUCACUAAUUUUAUAUCCGUUUUAAUCAUCCUCGUAGUUGUAGCCCAUGUACUUUAUAUAGUGAGCUGUUAUUGUAUAGGAUUUGUGGAAUUAUGCCAUUGUUUAAU